CUUCCCCACCCUCCCUCUCUCUCUUUCAUUAUUUCUUUUUUUGCAUUUUUUGGAUUUUAUUUGUGACAAGGAAACGUGUUGGAUAAUAUUUCUGAAUCUUCGCAUGAUGUUCCUUCAACUCUGAGAAUUUCCUCUGACAUUCCUCUCCGAUCUCCAUAGCUUGUCUUUCCACACACUGGGAGGGUACUAUAUCCCAUUCUUGUCCCUUUCAAUUGGAUAUUUUUAUUCUCUCAAUGUUGGAUUCAAUGGAGUCAAUUUGAGAAGUCCUUGGUGAGGUCAUUGUGUGGGAAUAAGGAAGGUGGAGCUAGUUGCUUUUGCUUAUAAUAUUGUAGAUGGACCGGAGGAGUUGGCUUUGGCGCAGGAAGUCAUCUGAGAAAAGUCCCGGUGAAACGGAGAGUUCUGGUUCAAUAUCAUCUCUUUCAGAAAGAUUCUCUGAUGAACAGGUAUAUCCAACCCAAGCUGCUUUUUCUCCUGAAGUCACCUCUAAGGCUGCACCGAAUGAAGAAGUUAGUAACCCCAAAAAAAGUAAAGAAGAUACGGGUUUGAAGAUUCUUACAGACAAAUUAGCUGCUGCUCUGCUGACUAUUAGUGCAAAAGAAGACUUAGUAAAGCAGCAUUCUAAAGUUGCAGAAGAAGCCGUCUCAGGCUGGGAGAAGGCUGAAAAUGAAGUGUCAUCUUUAAAACAACAGCUUGAUGCUGCAAGGCAGAAGAACUCAAUUCUCGAAGAUCGAGUUGGUCAUCUUGAUGGGGCACUCAAAGAGUGUAUGAGGCAGCUUCGACAAGCUAGAGAACUGCAAGAGCAAAAGAUGGUUGAGGCUGUUGUGAAUAGUUCUCGUGACUGGGAAUCCAAAAAAUCUGAACUUGAGAGGAAAGUUGCCGAGUUUGAGGCUCAACUUCAAACAGCUAAAGCAGAUGCUGCUGCGUCAAUUCAUUUUGAUCUUCACCAGAGACUAGAGGCUGUGCAGAAUGAGAAUUCAAGUCUUAAACAUGAGCUGCAAUCUCGACUAGAGGAACUAGAAUUUAGGAUAGUCGAGAGGGAUUUGAGUUCUCAAGCAGCUGAGACAGCUAGCAAACAACAUUUGGAGAGUGUCAAGAAGGUUGCUAAGCUUGAAGCUGAGUGCCGUAGACUGAAAGCCAUGACUCGCAAAACAUUUUCUGUCAAUGAUCACAGGUCUGUAACUGCAUCUUCAGUUUAUGUUGAGUCCUUCACAGAUAGCAUGUCAGAUAGUGGAGAUAGGCUACUUGCAGUUGAAAGUGAUAUGCGUAAAUUAGGUGGCUGGGAGAUGAAUGAAUGUGAGCUACGCCGUUUCGAUUCGUGCUCAUCUUCUUUCGUUAUGGAACUUGAUCAAUUUAAGAACGAAAAGGCUAAUGGAAAAAAUCAUGUGGUCUCUUCAACUGAGAUCAAUCUCAUGGAUGAUUUCCUUGAGAUGGAAAGGCUUGCUACAUUGCCAGAUAGUGAAAGUGGAAGCAAUUUUGUUAGGAAAGAAGUGGCAUCAGAUCAAUCUAAUGUUGGUCAGGCUACAAUAAAAGCUGAAAUAGAAGCUAUGAUUGAAAAGAAUGCUGAAUUGGAGAAGAAGCUGGGGAAAAUGGAAGCUGAAAUGGAAGGUAUGAUUCAAAAGAAUGUUGAACUAGAGAAGAAGCUGAAGAAAAUGGAAGCAGGUAAGGUUGAGGUAGACAUGGUUUUAACCAAAUACCAAAUGCAGCUCGAGACAUCAGAGAGUCAGAUAAGGGAAGCAGAGUUGAAGGUAGCAGAGUUUCAAACUCAGUUAGCUCUUGCAAAAAAAUCAAAUCAAGAAGCAUGUGAAGAACUGAAAGCAACAAAAGCAAAGAAGGAGAUAGUUGAGUCUACACUCAAACAUACUGAAACUGAGGUUGAAGAACUGAUUUCAAAAAUUCGUUCUUUGGAGGAAGAGAUUCAUAAGGAGCGAGCUUUGUCCACUGAGAAUUCAAUCAAAUGCGGAAAUUUGGAGGUUGAGCUUUCAAAAAUGAAGCACAAAGUUCAAGUUCAGCAAGACACUGAGAUAAAACAUACGGAAGGUGUUAAUCUCGAUUUGAAGUUAAAACAGGAAAAGGAUCUAGCACUGGCUGCUAGUAGAUUUGCUGAGUGCCAGAAGACCAUUGCAUCUCUUGGACAACAGUUAAAGUCCCUUGCAACUUUGGAAGACUUUCUACUUGAUUCAGACAACCCUAUGGAGUCAACUUGUGAAGUCACAAAAGGUCACCAAAAUGGUGGUGAACAUUUGAAACCACAUCAUAGUGAUUUGAGCUUGCCCAAAAAAGAUUCUGAGUCACCCGUUUCGUUAAACUCAUCAAUUACCAAUGAGAAAAGCCGUAAUGGCUUUGGUAAGUUCAUCCCUAGAAGCAAAAGAGGAACUCACUGAAGGGAAUUGUGGAGAAGCUAGAAAGGAUAAGGUUGAGGUUGAGUUGUAAAUUUGGGUUAUUCAUUUUUUAUCUCAUGGAUUCAACGUAUAUGAAUCCAAUGUCACGUAUUUACGAAAAAAGUAAUGCUUGAAAAUGUUCAAAGCAAAAAUAGCAAUACAUAAAAGUCCAAAUUAUAAAAUGUUCUCUUCUAACUAUCGUUGACC